AUGACGACGCGCGAGAAGAGUGCGGACGACUACGUGGACGAGAUCACGGAUGAAGUGCCUCUGCUGACCAACACGCGCGACGGAGUGUUCUCCAAUCACAUCGCAACCUUCACGCCAGCUCCUCUUGAGGCCACGUCAGACCUCUUCGUCUCCUCCCACCGCGACGGGAUCGACCGGCACAAGCUGGAGAAGUACCGCCAGGAGCAGAGGACGACGCAGCAUGCGAGCGAUCAGCCAGACAGUCUGCACAAGGCGGAGGGAGCAGAAGCGAACUCCGAGAUGUUCAUACCAGGUCUGCAGGAAGGAAUCGAUGAUCUGCAGGACGACGAGCUCGAUACGAGUCUCAUAGAGUCAUCGUCACCGAAUCAGGAGGCGAAGUCACCAGAGGCCAACACCCAGCAGGAAGACGAGAUGAUCUCUCAGUUCAACGCCUCGAACCCUCAGAACAAGGAUGUCUCACUAGCCAUCAUGCAGAACAUCGUCAAGGCAGAUGAGACUCGUCAGAGGGGGGGGGCGCUGAAGUUUGCCUUGCAGAUCAUGGCUUCGAAUGACAAGGAGAGGAAGAGGAAGGCAACGAUCGCGAUGUGCAACCUUUGUUGCGAAUCUUCUCAGAAUCGCAUCAACGCAGGCAACGCUGGCACGAUCGAUGUUCUGAUCAAGAUCCUGAGUGCGGAGGAUGAAUCGCUAGACCUCAAACGCCUGGCAACAGCUUGCAUGUGCAACUUGUCUGCCGAGAAUGCACUCAAGGAACGUGUAGCGGACUCCGGGGCCAUUCCCAUCCUCGCAAAGCUACUCAAAGCCGACGGCAAGCACUCCGACUCCAAGGCCAUCACCGCGCAUGCGGCCGCCACUCUAUGGAGGUUCAACUUCAGCCAUUGCGUGUUGACCAGGCUGAUCCCUGCCACCAGCGUGUGCGUCGAGAUGGACCACGUGAAGCCUCUGGUGGCGCAGGAGUCGAUCCUCAAGUCGCUGAUCGACCUGCUUCACUCCCCCGAGCCCUUCAUCCAGGGACAGGCGUGCGGGUGCAUCGGGGAGGUGUGCAUCGGGAUCAAGGAGAUCAAGACGCAACUGAGCUCGUACGGGGUCAUACAAAAACUCGUCAAGCUCGUGAGGAAGAGCGACGCGGCGACUCAGCGGCUCGCUGCCUCCGCCUUGUGCAACCUUUCAGCUAACCAUUCAGAGAACAAGAAAAUGUGCAGAGAGGUGAAAGUGAUGUGGGAGGAGGAGGAGCAGGUUGUGACGAGGGAUGAGCAGGAGGGGCUCAUGGACUCUCUGAUCAAGCUGCUCAAGUCCAGCAAGGACCCUUCGUUGCAAUCGGCGGCGGCAGGAGGGCUGUACAACCUCGUGACCGAUGCUGAUCGAGACCUGCUGGAGAAACACAAGGUGGUGGAGAUCAUGCAGAAGAUUCCCAUCUCCAAGAACAUCCGCAUGCGGCUCGGGAUCAAAGGAGAAGGGAAGACUUGA